AUGCCCCCGAAGAAGGUCACGAGCGGCGGCAAGAAGGGCAAGGUCUCGCCCUACAACGCGUACAUGAAGCGCGAGCUCGCCAAGCUCAAGGAGAGCAAGCCGGACAUGGCACACAAGGACCGCUUCUCUGCCGUCGCCAAGCAGUGGGCGACCGCGCCGGAGAACCCGAAGAACAAGGCCUAG